AGAGCUUUCCUCCAACCAGAGCUUUCCUCCAACCCUGAUCUUUCCUCCAACCUGAUCUUUCCUACAACCUGAUCUUUCCUCCAACCUGAUCUUUACUCCAACCAGAUCUUUCCUCCAACCAGAUCUUUCCUCCAACCCUGAUCUUUCCUCCAACCUGACCUUUCCUACAACCUGAUCUUUCCUCCAACCUGACCUUUCCUCCAACCAGAUCUUUCCUACAAGCUGUUUCAUUCUAGGUUGUCCCUACAGGGGAGAUGGUAGACCCUCUCUUCCCAGCUGGUGGAUGUAAAACAUGAAGAAGUUCAUGAGGCUAAUUUCAGGCUUGACUAAUAUUUGACUGUGUCAGGGUUCUGGUAUGGACGAGUCUGAGGGGAUGGAGGGAGGACUUGCUUCCUUUAAAACAGCGCCAUGUGGACAAGAUGAGGACCAGAACAAAGUUCAGAGCCCAGAGAUCCAGGAGGGUCCAGAUCCUGGACCCAGCUGUGUGUCCAUGAAGACUGAUCGGUCCAUGUACGAACCAAUCAACUUUAAAGGACAGCUUUCUUCAGAAACAACAGCUAAAGAAGGUGAGUCUGCUCGGGAUCAAGCCUCAGACCUGGACUCCAUCUUCAUGCUGCUGGAGAAGAACAUUCUGCUUUCCGUGAAGGCUGAGCUGAAGGUGUUCCACACCUGUUUGAGCUCAGACCAGAGAUCUUCAGCGGGCCAGGUCCAGGAUGAGUGGGUGGAACCGGACUGGAGGAUCAGAGAAUCGUUGUUGACGAUCACCCUGCAUCACAUGAGAAGACUGAAGCAAGAGAAGCUGGCCGAGCGUCUGCAGAGCAGAGGUCAGUCCAGUUUGUACCAACGGAAACUGAAAUCAGCCCUGAAGGAGCGGUUCCAGUGUGUGUUUGAAGGCAUCGCUAAAGCAGGAAAGCCCUCAUUACUGAACCAGAUCUACAGGGAGCUCCACAUGACGGAGGGAGGAGGUGGAGUGCUCAGCGAGCAGCAUGAAGUCAGACAGAUUGAAGCAGCAUCCAGGAAACCAGCUGAGCUCCAAAAAACCAUCCAAUGUGAACGCAUCUUUAGACCCUCAGCCCACAGAGUCCAGCCAGUCAGAACCGUGCUGACAGCAGGAGUGGCUGGAGUCGGGAAAACCGUCCUGACUCAGAAGUUCACUCUGGACUGGGCUGAAGACAAAGCCAACCAGGACAUCCAGUUCUUGUUUCCACUGACUUUCAGAGAGCUGAAUGUGCUGAAAGAGAGAAAGUUCAGCUUGGUGGAACUUGUUCAUCACUUCUUUACUGAAACCAAAGGAAUCUGCAGCUUUGAAGAGUUCCAGGUUGUCUUCAUCUUGGACGGUCUGGAUGAGAGUCGACUUCCUCUGGACUUCCACAACAAUGAGACCCUGACUGAUGUUACAGAGUCCACCUCUCUGGAUGUGCUGCUGACUAACCUCAUCAGGGGGAAACUGCUUCCCUCUGCUCGCCUCUGGAUAACCACACGACCUGCAGCAGCCAAUCAGAUCCCUCCUAACUGUGUUGGCAUGGUGACAGAGGUCAGAGGGUUCACUGACCCACAGAAGGAGGAGUACUUCAGGAAGAGGUUUAGAGAUGAGGAGCAGGCCAGCAGGAUCAUCUCCCACAUGAAGACAUCACGAAGCCUCCACAUCAUGUGCCACAUCCCAGUCUUCUGCUGGAUCACUGCUACAGUUCUGGAGGAUGUGCUGGAAACCAGAGAGGGAGGAGAGCUGCCCAAGACCCUGACUGAGAUGUACAUCCACUUCCUGGUGGUCCAGACCAAAGUCAAGAAGGUCAAGUAUGAUGGAGGAGCUGAGACAGAUCCACACUGGAGUCCAGAGAACAGGAAGAUGAUUGACGAUCUGGCAAAACUGGCUUUUGAUCAGCUGCAGAAAGGAAACCUGAUCUUCUAUGAAUCAGACCUGACAGAGUGUGGCAUCGAUAUCACAGCAGCCUCAGUUUACUCAGGAGUGUUCACACAGAUCUUUAAAGAGGAGAGAGGACUGUACCAGGAGAAGGUGUUCAGCUUCGUCCAUCUGAGUGUUCAGGAGUUUCUGGCUGCUCUUCACGUCCAUCUGACCUUCAUCAAGUCUGGACUCGACUUGCUGGCAGAGACACAGAAAUCCUCCCUGUGGUGUCCACACGAGAAUCUGGAGCAUCUCCACCAACGUGCUGUGAACAAGGCCUUGCAGAGUCCCAGUGGGCAUCUGGACAUGUUCCUGCGCUUCCUCCUGGGUCUUCCACACCAGCCCCAGAGUCUGCUGCACCCCCUGAUGACAGAGAGAGGAAAGAAAGUCAACAUGUCCAACAACAGCAAAGUCGUGAAGCAUAUCAAGAAGAAGAUCAGCAGCGAUCUUCCUCCAGAGAGCUGCAUGAAUCUCUUCCACUGUCUGAAUGAGCUAAAGGACCUUUCUCUCAUAGAGGAGAUCCAGCAGAUCCUCCAUACAGGAAAACUCAGCAGCCAGGAUCUCUCCCCGGCCCAGUGGUCUGCUCUGGUCUUCAUGCUACUGUCAUCAGGACAGGAUCUGGACCAGUUGGACCUGAAGACAUAUGGUGCUUCAGAGGAGGUGCUUCUCAAGAUGCUGCCCGUCAUCAAAGCCUCCAAAAGAGCUCUGACUGGUGCUGGUCAGGUACCAGGACUGGAGCUGGCUGAGAGGUUGCAAGCUGUCGGACAGAAGCUGUGAAGUCCUGGCUUCAGUUCUCAGAUCCCAGUCUUCAUGUCUGAAACAACUGGAUCUGAGUAAUAAUGACCUGCAGGACUCAGGGGUGAAGCUG